GAGCAAAUUCAAAUUAUUUUACGACCUUCAGUAAUAACGAAAUGUUUUCUCGUUUCAAUUUCUAAUGCAAAACAGAACUCAAACGCAUGUUUACAAGGAUCACCUGGCUUCCCUGGACAUAAUGGGUUUCCAGGCCGCAACGGUCGAGAUGGUACUAAAGGUGAAAAAGGCGAUGCAGGUACCACUGGACCACGUGGUGAGAAGGGGGAAAGUGACAGGAACUGGAAACAAUGCGCUUGGCGGAAGAGCGAUAGUCGUGAUAUUGGGCUGAUACAGGUUUGUCGUUUUGCCUUUACCAAAGAGACACUUCUUUCACUUAAGAAGGAUAGUAUUUUUGAACGAUUCUCGCCAUAAGCGGUUAAAGAAAACAAGGCGAAAAGUUUUUCUUUUCUGUACUGUUUCAUGGCCAGCCUACUCCUUUAAAAAAUGUUAUGAAUUACUGACAGCGGUUUCAUUUUGAGGUGUGAUAUGAAUUAAAGUUUGUUGAAAAUUACUGUUUUGUUGUUGUUUCAGGAUUGUCAGUUCACUAAACUCAAGGAUAACACUGCUCUCCGCGUUGUUUACCAGGGAAAGGUUGGGGUUUUGUAA